AUGGCUGACCAGCGACUGACGCACGGCGUGUCCGUGGCAGCUGUGCGGCGGUUCCUGGAUGACCUGAAGCGCGAGUUCCCCGACACGUACACUGAGAUGACGACGGAGGAUGCUUGCAAGCAACUGGUUGUGCCACGCACCCGCCAGGACAACUGCGCCUACGUCGAGCACCUGCGCAAGCAGUCGCCAGAACACGUGAACAAGGCCACCGUGUUUGUGUCGCACGCAUGGCGGUACAAGAUCGCAGACGUGCUCAACGUCUUGCUGGAGUUUGCAGAGGAGCAAGCAAGGAAGGGCGACGCCCAGCCAGUGUUUUUCUGGUUUGACCUCUUCAUGAACAACCAAAACGCCAACGUCACGGCCAACCUUCCACCAGAGUGUUGUAACUGA